CAUAUGCUUAUUAUUUCCAGAUCAGAUCGGCACAAGUCGUCUUCUGUAUGUUGUGGGACAGCCGAGAGAACACGUCUUGCCGUGCGUCUCCUUCCAUCACUGCUAGGUUUGUCCUGCCGCCCACGACCUCGUCUGUCUCAGAUUAGUCUGAGCCUUUUCCUCUUCAGUUUAAUGUGGUUUCCCCGCUUGUACCUGCACUACUGUAGCCAGUGGAUCUUCCUGCAGACUCAACAAAUCCCCAUCAACAGAUUUUGGUUGGGAGCACACACAGUGGAUCUAGUCUAUCAGGGUUCGCUGUUGACUACCCUGGAGGAGGUUCUGGUGGUGCUGCUGGGCCCCCUGACCUUGAAUGCAGCUACGCUACUGCUGCUCCUGAUCAGAUGGGGCUGUCAGCUAGUGUUUGGCUCACCGCCCUCUUUCCUGUCAAAGUUUAUCAUGGCUGCGGCAGCGUGGACAGUGCUGGACCCUCUGGCGGUCUUCGCUGUAGAUGCCAUCCUGGGGCGUUUGUUCUACAGUUCAGAUGAACCAUUAGCGGAUGCUGCCAAGCUCUACUGGCAUUUUUUUCGGACAGAGCAGUCGGGCACUGCAGGCAUCAUCAUAACAUUAUUCCUCUACGCCGUCCACUGUAUCCUGUCCUUCACCUUUCUUUAUGUAUACUUCCUCAGGCUGCACAAUGAUGGAAGAUUGUUAGAUAUCUACCAACGCCUCCACGGCACUGAGAGAGAGUUCUUUGUGCCACACGAUAUGGAGGUCUCCAACCAGGAGCUCGAUUACAUUGUAAAGAAGGCAGAGCAAUGGAGAGGCUUCAACGGAGAGAGACGUAAGGUGGCAGUGUAUGACUACAUCUGGACGGAGGAGGAGCCUGUGGAAGGACUGGCACCACCUACAGGCACACCCAAUACCGGAUGUGAGACCAGCACCCAUGUAUCCAUCUACACACUGCAUCUGAGCGGCCUGCGCCAACAUUACAGACAUUUCCUGAGACAACCGGAUGGAGCCAUUAUACAAGUUAUGGAUGAUUCUGACACUAAUGCAUUUCAAACAUCAGAGGUGUAUGAGCAACACGAGAGGAUGAAGAGUGAGACACAUCUUAGAGAGAGGAAGGGCAGAAAAGCUGGUUGGCGUUCAUGCAGGGUUGAGCCUUUGGGAGGAAGUGACUCAAGCAGUGGAAUUAAAGGGCAAAGAGAUUUGGAGGUCGGUGGCCUCUAACCAUUAUUUGGAGCUUGGGCAGAUCCUCAGCGGAGCUCCGAUCAAUCUUUUACCUGGGGAACGAGUGCUGCGUAUUUCUAUCACCAUUCUAUUGAUUUUUCCAUGUGCAGAGCCCUUAUGUUAGAGAGAGAGGUGUUUUCAUGUGGACACCACAGAGAAAACGCAGCCUGCAGCGCACACACAUUCAUUUAUUUAUGCUUGCAGACGCCCGUUGGCUCAGACGACUGCAAAAUGCACACAUCGGCAUAUUUAGCCGAUUUUCUGAUCUCACAUGCACAAGUCCAAAAGGCCUAACAUAUGAGCAGAAACUUUUAAAUUCAGAAAGUGAAUGCCCUUUCUUUCAUUCACUUCUUGUCCCACGGAUUCACUUGUGCGUAGUGGUGAUUUUCUGUUAUAUUCUCUGUUAGUGUUUUUUUUUUUUUUUACUGUGAUCAAUAAAAGUGUAAUGAUCCAA